AUGUCUUCCAGGGUGUCACACACUAUGAAUGUUCAGUUGACCAGCAAGAAUGUGUUAACAUUAGAUGAACUGGAAUUAUAUGAAUUAUGUCAACUGGCAGGUGUCUUGAUGGAACCAGCAACUUUCAAAAUCAUAUUAGACCUUCUUAAGAUGAAUGUAUCUCCGCAGGCAGUGUUACAGAUGUUAAAAACAAUGUGUGCAGGCAGCAAGAAACACCAGACAAUAAGCAGGGGUCACGCUGGCCAUGCUGAAACAGAAAACAUGCCCCCGCCCAGACAACGCUCAGCCCCGAAGAUUAGACAUCCCUCAGGCAGUUCUUCAAGAAGAAAUGAAGGAAAAAGAUAG